CUUGCUAUGGAAUCUUACCCCUUCCACGCCAAUGCGUUUUUAAAUUACAUAACCUCACAUUCCAGAAAGAAUGUUUAAACAAAGUGUCAAUUUGUUCAAAUUAGCAACAAAUUAUACGAUUAGACGUUUUUUGUAUGCAAGUCCAAAAGUAAAUGGGGCUUACGAAGCUGAAGGAAAAACAACCGUAAACAUACUAAAUAAUGAAAACGAGUUGGGAUUAAUGAUCAACGGCUUCAGUCAAGUGGGUUUUAGAUUAAAUAAUGAUUUAACAAUUUUAGGUUCAGUUGUAAUAUUUCCCAGAUCAGUUCUUUCAUGGACUGUUGGUGAUAUAAACGAGAUAACAGAUGAAUCACUUGCUUUAUUUACUAUAUUAGAACCCAAGUUAGAUAUAAUUGUUUUAGGAGUAGGAGACCCACAAAAAGAUUUCAGUUUCUAUAAAAAAAUUGUACCAUUUGCGCGCAAACACAAACUAACAUUUGAAAUUCUCCCUACGGAACAAGCUUGUGCAACUUUUAAUUUUUUAACUUCUGAAGGAAGACACGUUGCUGGUGCUUUAAUACCCCCACAAACUAUUAUUACCACUGAGGAUGACGUGCUUCAAACCAAAAUGAGAUAUCAGAAUUUGUACGAAAGGGAAUAAAGAAAUUUGUCUAAAA